AUGGUGGACUACGCAAAGAAAACAGUGGCGGAGCUGCAAGAGAUUCUCAAAUCAAGGAGUCUGUCCCAUACUGGAAAGAAAGCAGAGCUGAUUGCGCGUCUCACCGAGGCCGAUAGUGUAGCAGAGGCAAAUGACGAAGUCAAAGCUCCACCAGCUGAGUCUACCAUUGCGCCGCCCGAACAACAACCCGAGCCUGCAGCACCACAGGAGAGCGAAACACCAGCAGUGACAGAGGCUGCACCAGAACCACCGCAAGCCGACGCAGCACUUCCACCCUCAGGCAAUACGGAGACUGCCCCUACCAACUCGGCCUCGUAUGCUCUACAUCUCCCUCAGUCAGACAUUGACGCCGAAAUGGCAAAACGUAAAGCUCGUGCCGAACGUUUUGGUACUGCCAACGGAGGAGAAACCGGAGCCGCGGGCACAGAGAACGCAGAUGACGAGGCGCAAAAGGCAUUGGAACGUGCAAAGCGCUUCGGUACAGGACAAACGGCAGUGGGCAAGUUGGACGAGGCAUUGCCCACUGAGCCGGACCGCCGAUCCAGGAAGCGCAACAGGACAGAUGAUAGUGGCGCCCUGGACGACCCAGCACUCAUCAGAAGCUUCGGUGGGCGUGGCAGUGGUAGAGGCAGAGGCGGGAGACUCCAGGGGAGAGGUGGCCGGGACAAUUCAAGGAGAAGAAUGGGGGAUAAGCCCGUUGGUGUCCCGAAACAGGCAGGCAUUUUCACCUCGGAAGCGGAUCGUCUUGCCGCGGAAGCCAGGAAGAAGAGAUUUGCUUCGGCCUCUUGA